AUGGAGGACGUGAAGCUGGAGUUCCCGGCGCUCCCACAGUGCAAAGAAGACGCCGAGGAGUGGACCUACCCUAUGAGACGAGAGAUGCAGGAAAUUUUACCUGGAUUGUUUUUAGGCCCAUAUUCUUCUGCUAUGAAAAGCAAGCUACCUAUACUACAGAAACAUGGAAUUACCCAUAUAAUAUGCAUACGACAGAAUAUUGAAGCAAACUUUGUUAAACCAAAUUUCCAGCAGUUAUUUAGAUAUUUAGUCUUGGAUAUUGCAGAUAAUCCAGUUGAAAACAUAAUACGUUUUUUCCCUAUGACUAAAGAAUUUAUUGAUGGGAGUUUACAAACUGGAGGAAAAGUUCUUGUCCAUGGAAAUGCGGGGAUCUCCCGGAGUGCUGCCUUUGUUAUUGCAUAUAUUAUGGAAACAUUUGGAAUGAAGUAUAGAGAUGCAUUUGCUUACGUUCAAGAAAGAAGAUUUUGUAUUAAUCCUAAUGCUGGAUUUGUUCAUCAACUUCAGGAAUAUGAAGCCAUCUACCUUGCAAAAUUAACAAUACAGAUGAUGUCACCACUCCAGAUAGAAAGGUCAUUAUCUGUUCAUUCUGGUACCACAGGAAGUUUGAAGAGAACAUAUGAAGAAGAAGAUGAUUUUGGAAAUAUGCAAGUGGCAACAGCACAGAAUGGUUGACUCAAGCAACAGAGAAUGAAUUUCUGUUUAAGAAGGAGAAAUGCUAGAGACAAUAAUAACGUAAAAUGGUAAAAACACAGUAGUUUAAAUUACAUGUUGCUUCCAGAUGUGUUUCUCUGCAACUUGAUGAGCAGCAACAUUUUAAUAUGUUGGACUUCUAGCAUAGCUGGCACUGAUGGUUUUCCUUUUUUUUUUUUUAACUUUACAGUUUUAUUAUAAACCAAGAAUUUUGGAUUUGCAAAGAGGUAUUAUUGCAAUAAUGCACUUUCAUACUUGAAAUUUAUUUGUAUGAUAUAAAGUUAUUACUUUAAACAAAAUGCAAUUUAGGGGGUUUUGUUUAUUAAAUCUGAGUAGUUUAUAAUAAGAAGUUCCUAAAGUUUACUAAAAAUUCAUUUUGUGUUCUAAAUGUUACAUUUAAAAAAAUACCUUUAAAGUUCACUUAUAAUGGAGCCUCUUACAGAAACAUUAACAAAUGCAGGAAUCUGCUAUAUUCUUUUCAGUGUAAUUUAAUAAUUUAGUUCUUUUAAACUUGAGCCCAUAAUAAUAAUCUUUAAAUCAUGGCAUUACCCAGCUAUUUUCUUUCAACCUUUUUGUUUGUUCUAUAGAAGUAA